AUGAGGACCUCACGGUAUUCUACCUCCCGACAAAAGGCCUGUCGAACCUGCUCUUCCGCAAAAGCAAAAUGCGACAGGCAAGCUGGAGGGUGCACUCGAUGCGCGCAACGUGGUCUCGACUGUGAUUUCGGCCAACAACACGCCUCCACAAAUAAUACUCGACAAGCGGAUUCUAAGGAAAGACUCCCCUGCAGUCCCGCAUCUCUAUCGGACUCGCUUGUCACAAGUAACUUUGGAGAUGGAAGCUCCACGAUCGAGGGCGCGAGCUUGUCGAGCCUACCAUCGCCUGGAACUAUGGCGUCGACGAUCGUCCAAGGAUCACCAAAUGCCUUUCCCAGUACGCAGGGCAGGGCACCCGUAGUAUCCGGGGGCGCAGGAAUGGCUUUUCCUCAAUCCAAUCUGGACUUUACCAGACUUGACCUUGCUUGUCCAAUCAACGUGGACGAGAUCAACUCUCGCUGGAUGAAUGCCUACAUUCCCGACCCCCAGCAGCAAAUUAAAAGAUACCCACCUAGCAUCAUCUCAUUUAUACAUCGGAUCUUCAAGUCAUAUGUUGCGGCAGCAAUCCGCGGACGCGGCCUACUCCCAUUCGUCCACCCGGCACAAAUGAAGCACCAGACGACCACUUCGCCGCUGACAACAUGCCUAAGCUUGAUCCGAAUGUGCCAGAACCCCUUACCCAGAAGCGAAGGGGUAGCAGCAGCGAUAUUCCAGCGCGAGAUGGAUACCAUCACGCAAAGCCGCGAAAGCUACGACGAUCUCUCCCUACUAGCCGCGUUCCAGGCAUACUUAAUCUACGCCAUGGUCCUCUUCUUCCGCCUCGGCAUAACCCGCCACCACUCCCUCCGCCAAACAAUGAUGACCCUGCAAGAGCUUGCGCACGCCUCCUCGCGUGGUGGUCUAGUGUGCGUAGCCGACCAAACUCGCACCCGGCCCCGAUGGGAAGAAUGGAUCGUGGCAGAAGCAAAGCGAAGAACUAUUUACACGAUGUAUCUUUUUGAUAGUGUCGUCUCGACACAGGAGAAUCUCCCUACUUAUCUUGGUACAGAGCUGCAAGGACUUCCUGCCCCUGCGGCGGGGUCUAUAUGGGAGGCUAGUAGCCGGCCUGAGUGGGAGCAGGCAUACAAUUUGUUUCUGGCGGAGUGGAUGGGCCCUGGUCUUGCUAUUGAUGAACUUUGGCCGAUUCCUCCGGAUUUGGAUGGGGCCGGUGUUGCGAGAAGGAGAGGGAGAGUUGAUCAUUGGUUAGAAGAUGUUGAUAGCUAUGGGACGAUGCUUUAUGCGGUGGUGAGUUGUACGCAUGGAGGUUGA